CGUCCGGAGUGGCGCGGGUGCCGAUUCGGCUCCCGAGCGGCCGGUCCGGUACGGCUGUCUGGACGGGUUGAAGGGUAUCGCCAGCGUGGCCCUGUUUGCCGCCCUUCGGCUCGUACCGCUCGGCUUCCAGCCCUUCACCAACCGGAACGAGUUCACCGAGACCCUGAACGCACCGUGGAGCGUCACCGUCCGUCUGGUGAUGCUGUACGCGGACGUCUUCCUCGUCGUCAGCGGGUUCCUCACCGCCUACCACAUGCUGCGCGAGUAUCGUGCCCGUGCCCGGGUUCCCUGGUUCAAGCGCAUCCUCGGCCGGUACCUCAGACUCUGCUUCCCACUGCUGCCGGUCGUCGGCUUCUACGCGCUGAUCUGGGAACAUCUGGGCAACGGGCCGCAGUGGGGCGAUGUCGUUGUGAAGAAUGCGAACCUCUGCAAGCAUCGCUACCUGAGCAACCUGCUGUUUGUGCAGAACUGGUACCCGAUCGAGGAGACGUGCGCUCCCCACACGUUCCAGCUGGCGAUCGAGAUGCAGCUCAGCGUGUUGGCCCCGUUCCUGAUGAUCGUGCUGGUACGCAGUCCGUUCUACGGCACUGCCGCCUACGUGCUCCUGCACUGCCUGUCGACGGCGAUCCGCUUCUCGGCCACGGCCGAGGAUCGUCUCACCCCGUACGUCUACCAUGGUGUCCGGCUGACGCAGCUCUACCGCACGCUCAACCUCUCGACGACCGAAACGCUGCACCGCAUCACACCGUACCUGGCCGGUUUCGGGCUGGGCUACCUGAUGCAGGACACGGAAACGGUACCGCGGGCCCGACCGGACCGCGGUGUCCGCUGGGCGGGCUGGUUCGGUGCCGGUGUUGCCCUGCUCUGGUGUCUGCUGACGCCGCUCGACAUCGCGCGCAGCGACUUCCAGUACGAGCCGGGCAGUGCGGCCCAGUACGCGGCACUCGCACCGCUCGCCUGGUCGCUCGGUCUCUGCUGGCUCAUCUACUACUGCAUCAGCGAGGAGACGAGCGUGGCGAACCGUUUGCUCAGCUCCCGCCCGCUCGUCCUGCUCGGCCAGCUGUCCUACUCGCUCACGCUGGUCCAGUUCCUGGUGUUCUUCUACUUCGUCGGUACGACGCGGGGCAGCGAGUCGUUCAGUCUGAGCGCCUACUUCAACCGGACCGAGGUGUGCCUGCUGCUCGGUGGUGCCCUCACGCUAACGCUCCUCUUUGACCUCCCGAUACAAAACGUGAAGCGAUUGCUGGACAGUGCCGGUGUCCUUGACGCACUCGAAACACCGGCUGGUGAGGAGGACAAGAAGAAGGAGGAGGCGGUGGCGGCAGCGGCAGCGGCGGACGAUACCGCGGCGGAUGCACCGACCAGCACCACCGAGACAGCGCCGAACAGCACCGCUGACGAAGAGAAGGAGAAGGUGGAAACCGAGGACUUUUGGGGCAGCAGCGGUACGGAUGAGCGCUCCUCGGUUGCUUCGGCAUCGGCCACGCUUGGGAUGCCAGCAUCCGGCGGCAUCACUGUCGCCGAAGAGAAGGAAAACAAUCCGGCGGAGCUAGAGGACGGCGUGGAGGCAAUCGAAAAUGAAGCGGAACAGCACGGGGAACGGCUGGAUGUUGAGGGCGUGGAGGUGGAGGAGGAGGAGGAGGAAGAAGAGGAGGUGGAAGAAGAAGAGCAGGAGGAGGAGGAGGAGGAGGAGAACGAGAUUGAGGAGGAAGAGGAGGUCAAGCGGAGGCCGGCGUCCAAUGGGCGCGAAUGGUCGCGCACCUGGGACCUGCUGGAGGACUGAGCUGCUGCAUCCCGCUCCGUCUCCACCGAGUGCGCCAUGCGCCCAUCCUCGCCACCGUAACUUAACGUAAUAAAUAGAAGUUUCUGAUAAAAAAAAAAACAAACAAACAAACAA